UACAACGUCGACUCUACGUGAGUAAACAGUUCGUGUCAUACGUUCGUGUUUAAGAUUAUUUUAACUAAACGACGCGUCAAUUGUCAAUUCGAUAGAAACGAAGCAAACGACGAUAAAUAUGAGAAUCAGGACGAGUCUGAUCUUCGUGAUUGUGUUCUUAUUUAUUUUCGCAGCAGAUACAGAUGGCCGUAAAACAAGCGGACGAAGAAGCAGUAGUACAGGAUACAAUUCCCGGCGAGGUGGUUCGAGAACAACGCAACGACCUCGAUCACCCCACACAGACUCAAACCAGAGUAAAAUAGGAUGGAAUGUCCCGUCAAGCAGUAACAAUAAAGCAACCGGCACGUCGAGCAAUGUCAAACCGUCGGCUCCGGUGUCUGAGCACGCUUCCAAGACCAGCGCGACGAAUGUACAAUCAGCGAGUCCUUCAGCGAAUAAUCCGCCACCGUAUAGUCCAUCGGGUGGAUAUUCUCGACAGCCUGCCAGCAACCCUUACGGUUAUAAUCAAGGAUACCCGUCUUCCAACAUGAACCCCUCAUACCCCGGUGGCCACUCGCCAUAUGGUCAAGCUUAUAAUCCAUCUAUGCAACAUAACGCGCCGCCGGCCUACAGUCCUCACGGCGGUUUUGGUCCGUCUUAUGGUCACCCGUCUUACGGUCAAUCGCCUUACGGUCAACCAUCCUACGGUCAACCAUCCUACAGUCAACCUGCCUACGUUCAACCACCCAUCGCACAGGCGCCAGCGCUCACUGUCCUACAACCAAGCCGACCUGGUAUCGGUCAAUUGGCCAAGGAAGCGCUGGUUUACUCCAGUGUAAGCGCGGGCGUAAGCGCGGCCGUGAACCGGCUGCUGCCAGGCGGUAUCUACGGUAGAAGUCCGGGAAGUAGUGAGGGCGGCGGUAGUCAUACCCAGAUCACGUACAACAAUUAUUAUAACAAUCAGUCAGUGCCAGUUAACGGGGAAGCACCUGUCAAUAACAACGGUGCGCCUCCUAAUAGUCCACCUGCCGCAGCCGCGGCGCCGGCUCAAUCAGCGCCGACUGCGGAAGCGGAAAAGAAAGUGACGGAGACGAACAGCGCGCCUAGCAAUGCCGCUCCACCCGAUAACGCCAAUUCCCAACCGCAGCAGAAUCAGAAUCCGAUUCAGCCGAAUUAUCCGAUCUCCAACGACGAGGUGAAAAAGCUGACGCAAAAUCUCUUCGAGAUAGACAAGAACAACGCGUACAAGUACGUCACCGUGAAUCUACAGGGCGAGACGAAGGAAGACGGCACUUCGGAUGAGGCUUCCUUGCCGCUGCUGGAUGUCAAACCUGAGGCGUUUGAAAUUCCGACGAUUAAAAGUACGCUGGCGUUGUACGAUAAUUACGAAAUGGACGUGAAAACGAAGGAAACGGUCACGCCUGACGAACGUAAAGAGGAAAACGAGCUGCUCGACAAGUUCUUGGAAACUGAUGUAUUUAAAGCAGCAAUGAAGUUCCUGGUCGAUAAAGAAUUUAUUCUGAACGACGAAUACGAGUUUAAGGACACUCUGAAACGGAUCUGGUUCUCGCAGUUUCAGCGUGUCGAGGGAGACCCGUCUAGUUCGGGUUUCGAGGCGGUAUUCUUGGCAGAAAAACUUGACUCCUAUAUGAUCGGUCCGCAAAAUUGGAUUUACUUUGCCAAACAAGAGGCGCAGAAGAAUAUCGACUAUCGCGGAUACAUAAAGGAUUUGAAACUAGGAGAUAAGGGAGAGGCUAUCAAGAUACGUUCGGCGUUUAAUAUACCAGACACGAAACAUUCGGUGACGACUCUUCUCGUGGGUCUUUCACCUGAGUUAGAGAUGGCUCUUUAUACAGUAUGCUUCUACGUUCGUCCGAACGACGUUUGUCCGAUCUCAUUAGGUGGAACGGACAUUAAUUUAGUCUCUACCAGAUUCAAUUACUUUGGCAAAGAUAUUUUGAUCGCCGGCUUUAUUGCGGGAUAAAAAACUUAGAGUUUAGAAAUUACUAUUAUUUUAGAAUAAGAUUAAAAUUUGCAUAAAAUUAAAAAUUUAAGUAGGCGCGCAGCAUGCAUUUGGAAAAAACUCAUAUCUCGAAAAAACACAUAGAUUAUAAAUAUUUAUAUCGUAGAUAUAUACCGCUUUUAGUUUCAGUUACACAUAUAAUAUAUAUCCGUUAUAAUAUAGAAAGUAUUUCACGUUUUUAUCUAUGUAAUGUAUACAUGAAUUAAAAUUAUUAGAAAAGAAAUGUGACGUAAUCUCGAAUCAUAUAUAAAUUUAUCUUUGUAAUAAAGAUUGGAAAAAAUGCAA